AUGAUAGUGCGGCUCCUCAAAGGCCUCGACUCCAUCAUUGAUGUCUACCAAGUUCACUUUCACAUGGGCCCUGAGGGGUGGUACUUCAGCGGCGAAGGAGGCUCACUAACAGAAGAUCCCCUCCACGGAUUCAAGAAGCUCAAAGAACUGUACCUCAAAGCCGAUCCCAACUACACAGGUCGAUACACAGUCCCUGUAUUGUGGGAUAAAAAGGCCGAUGUCCUAGUGAACAACGAAUCUUCAGAGAUUAUUCGUAUGCUCUACUCUGAGUUUGAUGAGUUCCUUCCGGAGCAUCUCCACGAAGAGAACCGUCCUGGCAAGGGUCUUUAUCCACCACAGCUCAGAGCUGAGAUCGAUGAGAUGAACGAUUGGGUGUACAACACUGUCAAUAACGGUGUUUACAAAGUCGGCUUCUCAAGAUCGCAAGAAUCGUAUGACGAAAACAUACGUCCGCUAUUCGCAUCCCUCGACCGCCUCGAAGAGCAUCUUAGCCAUGGCAAGCCCUUUCUCUUCGGAGACUUCAUCACCGAGGCCGAUAUUCGCCUGUACACAACCCUGGCACGUUUCGACGUUGCCUAUCAUAGCGUCUUCCAAUGCAAUCUGAAGUUGAUUCGGCACGACUAUCCUCGACUUCACGCCUGGCUUCGGAGGCUGUACUGGGACCAGGAUGAGGAGGGGCCACUAAGGGCCGCGUUUUUUCGCACCACGGAACCAAAUAUCGGGCGCUAUGCGUUGGGAUAUGCGGAUUCUAAAUGGAGGAUCGUCCAGGAGAGUCAAGGGCCUCUGAUUAUACCAGCUGGGCCAUUGGUGCUGAUGGAGCCUUUGUGA